AUAUCUUCUUCAUCUCUAGCAAAAACAUCUUACAGAGAUCUCUCUACCUUUGAUCUCCCUGUCAGAAGCAUACCAAGAAAAAAUACUUAAAAAACUUUUUUGUUAAUUUUUUUGAUAUUCAAAAUUUUUAGAGAUGGAAAAGAGUGGAAUUCCUCGUCCAAGUGAGAUAUCUCUGCCACCAACACUCCCACUUCCGGUAGACGGAGUAAACCCCAUCUGCGGAACGGCAAACUCAUACGUCUCCGCUCCGUUACACUGGAAAAAAGCAGCUGAAGCACUCCAAUGUUCUCAUUUCGACGAGGUUAGGAAAAUGCUAUCGCAAUUCAAACAAGCACAGGUCGUGAAUCUUCAAGGGACAACUCUGACUGUUGCUCAGGUUGCUGCGAUUGCUCGAAGACCCGAAGUGAAAGUCAGUCUGGACAAGGCUGUGGCUCAUGAACGUGUUUCCAAAAGUGCGAACUGGGUUGCUGAUAACAUUGCUCGUGGAACUGAUACUUAUGGAGUUACGACUGGUUUUGGUGCGACGUCUCAUCGGCGUACUAAUAAGACCACUGAUCUUCAGACGGAACUUAUUCGGUUUCUCAACGCUGGAGUUAUCGGGAAAGAGUUUUUACCUUCGAGUUAUGCCAAGAUUGCAAUGCUUGUCCGGACGAAUACUCUUAUGCAAGGGUACUCCGGCAUUAGGUGGGAGGUUUUGGAAGGUAUGUCUAAAUUGAUGAACCAAAAUUUGGUCCCAAAAUUGCCGCUAAGGGGUACUAUCACCGCUUCCGGCGAUCUGGUUCCGUUGUCUUACAUUGCCGGAUUACUCACCGGAAGACAUAAUUCUCAAGUAAUGACUCCGGAAGGUGAUGUUAUUACCUCCUCGGAGGCGUUGAAACGUGCCGGAAUUCCAUCUCCGUUCGAGUUGCAAGCUAAAGAAGGUCUUGCUUUAGUUAACGGUACCGCAGUCGGGUCGGCGGUAGCGGCCACCGUUUGUUUUGAUGCGAACAUUCUGGCGCUCUUGUCAGAAGUUCUCUCGGCUUUGUUCUGUGAAGUGAUGCAUGGGAACUCUGAAUUCACCGAUCCUCUUACUCAUGAACUGAAGCAUCAUCCUGGUCAGAUUGAAGCAGCAGCAAUUAUGGAGUUCCUUCUGGAUGAGAGUGAUUACAUGAAACAAGCUAAAAUCAAGAUCAAGGAAAAUCCAUUAACAAAGCCGAAACAAGACCGAUACGCGCUCCGGACAUCGCCGCAGUGGCUCGGACCACAAAUUGAAGUCAUUCGUAUGGCUACUCAUUCAAUCGAACGUGAAAUCAAUUCGGUUAACGAUAACCCGUUGAUCGACGUUUCUCGCGAUCUUGCACUACACGGAGGGAACUUCCAGGGAACUCCAAUCGGAGUUUCAAUGGAUAAUCUCAGAAUUUCUCUUGCUGCGAUCGGUAAACUUAUGUUCGCACAGUUCUCCGAGCUUGUAUGUGAUUACUACAACAAUGGCUUGCCAUCGAAUCUAAGUGGUGGUCCAAACCCAAGUUUGGACUACGGGUUCAAAGGUGCCGAAAUCGCCAUGGCUUCUUACUGUUCAGAGCUACAGUACUUGGCCAAUCCAGUUACUACUCAUGUGCAAAGUGCUGAGCAACAUAACCAGGAUGUCAACUCUCUUGGUCUGAUUUCAGCUAGGAAGAGUGCCGAAGCUAUCGAUAUCUUGAAGCUCAUGUGUUCUACUUACAUGGUGGCACUGUGCCAAGCCAUCGAUCUUCGUCAUUUGGAGGAGAACAUGAGGGAAGUUGUUAAGCAUGUUCUACAACAAGUAGUAAAGAAAACACUUUACAGCGACGAGACGGACGGGUCAUUGCUUGCGUCUCGUUUCUGCGAGAAGGAACUCCUGCAAGUCAUUGAACACCAACCCGUGUUCUCAUACCUUGACGAUCCUACUAACUCAUCUUACGCGCUUUUACUUCAACUCCGCGAAGUGCUAGUCGAGAAAGCACUUAAUGCUUGUCCCGCAAAAGACGGCGAAGAAGAGAUUAGCGAGGAGGAUAAGUAUUUGGUAUUCAAGAGGAUUCCAAUCUUUCAAGAUGAACUGAAAGCAAUCUUAGGUGAUGAAGUGACAAAGGCAAGAGAGAAAUUCGACAACGGCGACUUCCCAAUUGCGAACAGGAUCAAGAAAUGCAGAACAUAUCCGGUCUACCAAUUCGUCAGGGCCCAAGUUGGGACUGCAUUGCUAAGUGGUGAGAAGAAAAUAAGUCCGGGAGAAGAUAUUGAAAAGGUUUAUGAAGCUUUGAAUGAAGGUAAACUAGGUGAUGUUUUGAAAAAAUGUCUAGCAUUCUGGGGUGGAUCUUCCGGUCCAUUUACGCCAAGGCCAGAUGCGUCGUCACCGGCACAUAACAAUCCCGAGUACUGGGGUUGGUUCGACAAGGCUAAGUCUCCCUCCGCAACAAGUGGACGUGGAUUCUGGAAUCUGUAAAGGGAAAAUGACCGGAGCUUGAGUUUGUUGAAUCUUAUUGACUGUCUUGGUUAACUUUUUUUUUUUCUUUCAUUGUCAUUGUAAUGAGUCUUGUUUUUUCAAAAAGAUGUAAACCAUUUUAAGGAAAUAAAAAUAAUAUUUGAAUAAAUAUCUGAAUUUGUGUCA